AUGCCUGCUUUGACUAGUGUCCCGACAGUUGACUUGUCGAAUCUCGACAACCCGGAAGGAAAAAGGUUGGCCCUGGAGAACAUUCGUCGCGCUUGCACAGAAUGGGGGGCUUUCUACCUCUCAGGCACACCAGUUCAGCCCGCCAUCCUCGAGAAGGCUACCAACGAGACCAAGACAUUCUUCAAUCGUACGACUGAGGAGAAGAUGGACAUCGCACUCGAGAAGGUUCCAAGUUAUCUUGGAUAUGUCCCGCUGGCCAGCGAGCGCACUGGCGACAAAGUGGAUUACCGUGAACGCAUCAUCUUGCGUGGUGAUGACCCUGGGUAUGAGGGAAAAUUGGAUCCUGUAUACCGUACACUUCAAGGAAAGAAUCAAUGGCCAUCUGGAAUGCCUCACUUCCGUAGUGCGCAUGAGGACCUUUUGACCGCAUUCACAGAUGUAUCUCGGACCGUCCGGGCCCUGGUGGCUGAGGCAUUUGGCAUCGACCUCCCCACUCUGGAGAGUCUGUUCCGUGAAGAGUCUCGUCAAAAUCGAAGUGUUGUGAUACACUAUCCCGAGGUUCCUAAAGGUGGGGAUUGCGGUCAAAAUAUGACCGGAUUGCAUGAACAUAAGGACAUGACCUUUGGAGGUAUCAUCUAUCAGGCCACUGAUCAUGAGUGCCUGCAAGCUCAAGCGCCGAAUGGACAGUGGGUCACCUGCUCACCGAAGCCGAACACGCUAUUCUACGUUGUCGGCGCGAUUUGCGAGUCUCUUACUCGGGGCGUGCUUAAAGCUUGUUUCCAUCGGGUUCUUACGCCAGCUCCUGAAUCCGGCUCUCGCUAUGCUAUGGUGGCCGCUCUCCAUAUCGAUUAUGACAUCUCUCUGACCAAUCCCAAAGUCACGAAAGCACUGGAAAGAAUCGGGAGAGAUCUUCAGGCCGGGCAUGAGCUAAACAACCACAUGCUAGAAGAUUUCCUCAAUGAAGAGUUUGAUGCUAUUGGCAUGAGAAGCCUGAAGCGGUACAUGCGCAGUUUCCCGGAAGUCACUGCCAAAUGGUUCCCUGAAUACUCGAACCGUGUCGCAGCUGCAUAG